AGUGACCUCUGUUCCAAUUUCAAGAACAAGGAAGAAGUGGGGAUAAUUGACCUGCUAGGUCAAUUUAACAGCCUGGCUGGGCAAAAGCCUGCCGACUUGACAUGGAACAAAGUAAUGUUGGCAGCCCAUCUGUCCUCCAAACCAAGUAAUGGGAGAAGGUGAAGGACUUUGUGCUUGGAAAGAGAGUGUUGCCGCCGCCAUGGGUAAAGGCGACCCCAACAAGCCUCGGGGCAAAAUGUCCUCGUACGCUUAUUUCGUGCAAACGUGCCGCGAGGAGCACAAGAAGAAGCACCCGGAUUCCUCGGUUAACUUUGCUGAGUUCUCCAAGAAAUGCUCCGAGAGAUGGCGGACAAUGUCUGCAAAAGAAAAGUCAAAGUUUGAAGAUAUGGCAAAGGGAGACAAAGCUCGUUAUGAAAGGGAGAUGAAGAACUAUAUUCCUCCUAAAGGAGAGAAGAAGAAGAAAAAGGAUCCCAAUGCUCCAAAGCGACCACCGUCUGCAUUCUUCCUGUUUUGCUCUGAACAUCGUCCAAAGAUCAAAAGUGACCAUCCUGGUUUAUCUAUUGGAGAUACAGCAAAAAAACUAGGUGAAAUGUGGUCUGAGCAAUCAGCAAAAGACAAACAACCCUUUGAGCAAAAGGCAGCAAAACUAAAGGAGAAAUAUGAAAAAGAUGUUGCUGCAUACCGUUCCAAGGGCAAAGGUGAUGCAGGGAAGAAAGGUCCAGGUAGGCCAGCAGGUUCAAAGAAGAAGGCAGAACCUGAAGAGGAAGAGGAGGAGGAAGAAGAAGAGGAGGAGGAGGAAGAAGAGGAGGAGGAGGAGGAAGAAGAUGAAGAGUAAAUUGAUAAACUUGCUGUAAAGAUUUGUGCUCAAAAGUCCAUGAUUUUGCUAAGAAUGUGAAGUUGAGUGCAGCUCAUUGUUAGCUUCAGUAUAUAAAAAAAAACUGUACAGAAUUGUGUAUAGGUAAUGUGAUUCUCUGUAGGGAGAUCUGUAUUCUAAUGUAUGUAGUAGCUAAAUGCCACUACUGUUAGAUUUGAAAGCUGAUACUGUCAAAUGUUCUGGCAUAUUUAAUGGUUUUUUGAAAUUCAAUGACUGCUUGGUUUUGAGCAAAGUGAAACAUGGGUAGCAAAAUAGUCAACUUUGUUUUGCAUACUAUUACAUUGUAUUACUUUUUUAACAAUUUUGUAAUAAAAUGAUGUACAUUA